UCAGCUGGUAGAAGUGAAGGAGGAGCUCAGGUGGAUGUGUUGGAAGGAGAAAUCCCCUUGAUGAAGAGGGCUACUAAUUUAGGCAUUCAGAUGAGACACAUUGCCAAUAAUGAGUUGGGAGUCACCUACAUGCAAGCCAUCUUUGAUGAGCUUCCCUAUUCAGACAUAGAAAGAAAGGAAGAGGAAAUUGUCAAAGAGAUGGUGCAGUCCCUAGAACACAAAUUCUCUCUUUUCUCAAGUGUAAUUAGGGAGAUGGCAGUUGUGGUUGCAACUCAUUAUUCCCAACAUAGUCAAGGUGGGAUAGAUGUUUUUCAUCAUUACAGUGAUGAAAUAAGCUACAACCCUUGCUGCCUCAUCCCAGAUCACUACCUCCGAUACCAGAGUCACUUUGGAACGCGUGUGAAUGAGGAAUUGUGGUGUGACUCGGGCUUAGGUACAAGUGAGGACUCCCUUCCAGCAGACUUUUACUUCCCACCAUACAAUCUUACAGAAAUGUUUGUCCUCAAUCUGCGGAGAUACCCGUCCAUCAAGUGGCAGUAUUUCAUGUCUGUCGAUGGUCUGCACUCUGAGUAUCCUGCACACCGAUCAGACACUGUUAUUGCAGCUGAUUGCAGCCAGUCUGGUCGUCAUGGGCAUGUCUAUGAGGCUACGGUCAGACCUGAUGGUAAAAACAUAGUACUGCUGUAUGAUCUGGGAGAAGGUCUUACUCCAAGAUUACUUCUUACUGCAAAAGCUAUAGGCCAUCAGAUUGCAUCUACCAUAAUGCAACAUGACCAGAUAGCUGUGUUGGGUUUAGAAGGCAGUGUUGUUCGACCUGCAGCUCCUUGUAUGAAUUCCACACUGGUUCCUGCUACACACACUGUUAAACAUGCAAUUAGACGUUUUGUAAAUUACAUGGACAUUCAUAAUGAGCCAACCAAUCACAGCCUUGGACUCAUCACUGCAAUGGAGAUGAUUGCAAAUUGGUCAUCCAGUCUUUCAUCAUCUAAUAAAUCAGUAUUGUUAGUAUAUGUGACUUGUGGAAAGCUCAACAAGCACACUCAAAUCCACACAAUCUUGCAGCAUAUGGCUGUGAUGUUGGAUGUAAUACCAACAAAAGUUUUACUGAGUGCCUUUGGGCUUGGAAUAAGCAGAGAUCAGCCAUCAAGUGAAAAGCAGUUCUUAGAAGCACUUGCUUAUCAAGAAUUUAGCAAAUAUAAUAUACAAUCUACCAGGCUGCCUAAUAAGGGAUUAGUGGUAGGAUUAGACUCCACUCUGAACGUUGCUCCAGUUAUCAAUAAUUUUUAUGAUGCUGUGCAUGAACCCAAGGGACACAGUGAUGGCCUGCAGAACUUGGUGAUCUCCGACCCUUACUGGGACGAAGAUGGGAGAGGCAUGGUGGUGUCUCUCACUCAAGUGGUGCAAACUGGAGAUGGUAAAGUAAUUGGAGUUAUUGGUAUAGAUAUUCCUCUUGCUAAUCUCUUGGAGGACAUCACACACUACAGUUCUCCAGCACAUUCUUAUGCCUUCGCUACUGAUUCUAGAGGGAAAGUCCUUGGUCAUCCUCGACUUGGCAGACCUGAAUCUUGGUCCUUGCCUCUGGUCCCAACAGACAUUGCUCUGCUGGAACAAACUCGCAAUUUCACUCUAGUCAGGGAUGACUUCAUAAGAUUAUCAUCAGGAUAUAGGGUUUUGAUUGACACAGAUCAGAGCAGAGGCAGGAGGGAGGAGCUCCAUUACUGGUGGUUCCGAUCUUCAUCGUGUGGAUGGAUUUUCACUGUUGCGUGGAGGGACUCGGGAAGACCUCAUAAGAGACUGAGUAGAAAUGUUCCUCCUUUACCCCCCUCUGCCCUCUUCCAUCGUCUUGACCUCCUUGAGCCAAGCGAAGCACGUGUUUGUAGACUCUUCAACCAGAUGGCCACAUUAGAUGGCAGCACAGUGUUUCUGGCAGUUGGCUCUUACGUCUCACCACUGAGCCAGGUGGCAGGUGGACCAGAGACACUGAGUGCUGUCCAAAGCAUAACGGCUUACCUAAGUGACAGUACACAAUUGAUAGCCAAUCCAGGAUUGAGGAUGGGUGUCCGUACGGAUGCAGCUGCUGUCUAUCAGAUUUCAGACUUCUGGGAAAAACAGUUUGAAAACAGUGAUCUCAGUAAAUUCAUUGUUAGAAGAUAUGCAGCAGCCCCCUCUGGAGUGACGCUUAUGUACCCUGGCACUCUGUUAGAUCAGAUGUUUGACCCAAGAUCACAGGCUUGGUAUCUCAAUGCCCUUGCCAACCCUGGCAAAGUGGUUGUCUCUGCUCCUUAUCUUGAUCCUGGUGGUGCUGGACAUAUUAUUACCAUCUCUCACACUGUUUACCAGGGUGGCUCAGCAACAAUGCAUUCAUCAACUGAUCCAGUUGUGGCUGUCCUGGCAGCAGACUUCACCCUUGGAUACUGGUACAAGUUGUUACUUGACCUAGAGCCAGCAUGUGCAAAUGAUGCCCGCUCAGAUGAGAAGUCUGUGAGUGUGAGAUGCUUUUUGAUGGACAACAAGGGAUAUUUGGUGGCACAUCCCUCCAUGCUUUCUCCAGCCUCACCUAAUUUUGGAUCAGACACCCCACCUCACAUCACACAUCAGGAACCAGUUGUCUCCGCUUCAUGUGCCGUGGUGGCUGGUGUCAGUGAGCGCCAUUACUCCCUCCGCCUUCCUCCUGACCAGAUUGUUGCCUCACCUGCGGGAGGAAAAGGACAGGUGGACAACUCGUGCCUACGUUAUGCUCUCACCGCAGUGCCUGCCACAAACCUCAUCUUUGGAAUCAUUAACCAGACCUGCACACCAGCUGUAGCUUUCUGCCCGUGUAGCAUGGAUGAUCGGCUAUGUUUAAAUUGCCAGCUAGUCGAGGCUGGAGCUUGUGAAUGCCCUUGUGAAUGUCCACUCUCUUCUCUUCCUUGUACCGUCCCUUCAGCCGAUCCUCCAGUAUCUUCCACCCAGAUGCCUUCUGCUUUGGCUUCCUACACCAACUUAACAGAGUCAGUUGAUUACCUCUGGCAAUCAUAUGUUGAGCCAAGACCUGUGAGCAGCCCCUCAGCACCUCGAGUCUUGCAUCUGCCUCGGGUCUUAGAAUUGGCAACCAGGCCCCCACAUUUAGCUCCCACUUGCAGCCGCACUCCCGAGGCAGCUGUACCUCUCCAGUACUCCAUUGGUUUAUUAGCUCACUUAGACCCCUGUGUCCCUGUGUCCUGUGCCACACACCUGGAAUACAAGUCAUGUUUAGGUGUUGUUGGGUGUGUCUGGUGUUCCAGAAAUGGGGAUGGGCAAUCACCGUUAAAUCAUCCGCACUGCAUGGAAGAACACCAGUGUUAUGGGGGGGUGCUAGGUGGGCCCUCACCUUACCCUCAUGGACUGGCAACCCUUCCUCACUCAGACAAUACACAUGGGGGUUCUGGAAGCCCUAUAGGGCCAGUUGCUGGUGGGAUCAUGGCUGUGUUCUUAGUGGUAGCAUUAGCAGUGUACUGCUAUAGGCAACAUGUAGGUGGAACAGGGAGGUCCCUUUACACUCCAGCGAACUUCCAGUCUCGUCCUCAUCCCAUAUAUCAGCCGGAACAUAAUCACGAAAUUGAUAAUGUGGAGGAAGAUUUAGUGGGAGAUGUAACUGGGGUUAGCCUAGGAGCAGCAGCUACAAUAAGCCCCUACCGUAUGAAUCCAGGGUAUCGGAGACCUCCAGGCCAAGCAGACUCCAGUGAUCAUGGUUAUUCAACAAUGACUCCACACGAUGACUCUGAAAAUCUGAACUAUAUAGAUUUAGGAGGUAUUGCUGGAUUGCCUUCUCUAUCGGCAACCCAAAUGUUGGACGAUCCACCCUCGUCAUCAGGAUGGUCACCUCCAUCGUCUCCAACACCACAGGACAGGGGUGGAAGUAUGAGUGUGGAGGAUGAACCAUCUGACUACUCACAUACGUUGUUACCAUCUCGUAAACAUAUGGGACCUAACAUUAUUGUUGUACCGGUUAUAGUGCACAUGGUUGACACAGUAUGAAUUCAGUUUCCAAGUAUGAUUUGAUUUUUAUAUAUUUAUUAUAUCUGGGGAAUAUCAGAAGAGCAGCUGAGAGAGAUGGGUUAUUGUCGAAAAUCGGAUGCUUGUUUUUGCUAAGAGUAUGAGUCAUUGGUAAUAAGUGUACAGUAUAGAAUUGUUCUUUCAGUAGGUUCAUAAUUUGGAAUGUGGUAUCUACACACACGUAUCACAUUACAGUACUCUAAGUAGUAACAGCAAGGUUAUUUUAGUCCAUGGCAGCUGGAAAAGGAAUACUAGCCAUCUUCAGGAAUAUGUGGUUCCAUUCUUGAGAGUCCACUUUAGUCCCAUUAGUGCUUUAUUAGAGCAUGUGUGUAUAAGGUGCACAAAGUGUAUUUACCUCUUGUAAAUUAUAAUGUUUUUAAGAGAGACUAGUUUUAAAGAUAAAAUUUGUGUAGAUGUGGAAGUUUGAUGUGGUUUAGGUUUUAUAUUUAGUAGGUUUUAAUAUAACAGUUUAUCUAGUCUGUAGCUGCAGCAAAUGAUAUGAUUUUUACUUCCUAAUUUAGAAUCCAAAUUAAUUUUGGUAGCUAACUGCUGCCGGCCAGUGGGAUACCCUCUGACAUAACCAAAGAUUAUUCUUGAUAGCGGCAUUAAUGAAUGUGCCAUCAUGACUUGGAUCAUUCCAUUAGGAUUGACUUCAUGGUCAUUGCUCAGUUACAAAUAACUAAUCAAAAUAAUGACCUUUGCUUUUUUGGAUGUUUUUAUACAAUCAAGACAAAACUUAAAUGAUUGCCAUUGUUUAACAGUUGUGAAUAUGACAGUCAGUAAAUAUUUUAUAUCACAACCCAAAUGCAUGUUCUUUUGUUUGUUUUUUAGUGGUUAUGAUUUUAUAUAAAUGUAUACAUAUACACAGUAGUCUGUCCAGCAAAGACAAUAAGGUUCAUCUGUUGCAGGAAAAUCCAUAGUUUGGGCUGGAUGAAUUCUGUUUAGAUUUUUCUUGUAUGAUUUCAGUACAUUUUUACUGUGAGACUCAGGAUGUCUUGGACUGUGUAUUUUGCUCAAAUUUAGUGUCACCUCUGGGUCACAUUCCGGGUUUGAUGUGCCAUCUUAACACAGAAUUCGAGUCACUUAUGAUUUUGUCACAAUAUAUAUUUUUUCUGCUAAUGAACAUAAUGUAUAUGCAUUUUUAUUUAUUUACGUUUACAUUUUUCAAUGUGUAUUACAGUUAGCAUUUAGAUUCAUAUAUUUUAUAUAUAUAUUUUGUGUUCAUGUGUGAAUGUUUCCAAUACAUUUAUAUUCUUUUGUGUUUGUAAGAUAUAAUAUAUUUUCUUUACACCCCCA